UCCGCCGAACGAACAAGAGAGAGCGCGUCGGCGUCCAACGACCCGCGCACCAGAACUACAGGCGUCGCGUCGCGAGUCCCCCCUCCUCCGGGCGUCUGCCGUCGCGUUGUGCCCCCCUCCCGCCACCACGGCUUAGUGUGAUGUCGCUCGGAACACGUUUCGCCAGCAUUCCGCGAGGAGGCGCCAGUGUCGCCCCGACGACAGGACUGUGAUCGUUGCACAGUGCAUGCGAUUGUCCAGACGCAUUUGACUGGAACUUUUAACGUGAAGAUUAAUUUUGCAGCUGCAAUAUGUGUGUGAUAAAAGAUAUUGUUUAUUAGAGCUACAUAAUACGAUGAACGUCGUCCGGUAGAAUACUUUCCAAACCUUUCGGAAGAAGAAGCAAGCAGCACCGUCGCCGAAGAUGUCCUUCUGCAGAAUCACCGGUCGCAGCAGGGGACUGCCGAAGCCCAACUACUUCCCGCUGCUGCCCCCCAUCUCGCCGGCGGACGCCAAGAGGUUCUGCCGCAUCACGGGCAAGUCGUACGGCCUGCCGAGCCACCACUACACGCCGGUGGUGCUGGUGAGGACCCCGGGCCGCGCGGGCAAGUGCCUCAUCACCGGCAAGGCCGAGGGCCGGCCCAUGACGCUGCGCCGGCACGUGGCGGUCUCCGACUGCCGCUACGUGCUCCCCGUGCUGGACGCCUGCUCGCCGCUGCUGGCGGAGCUGCUGGCGGGAAAGGACGGGGUGGCGGGCCCGAGGGACCGCUUCGUGUACGCCGUGGAGGAGCGGCGCUGCGGGCUGGUGCUGCCCGCCGACCUGGAGGCCGCCGUGAGGGCCGGCGACGUGCGCGACCUCAUGCUCGCCGAGGACUCGGACACCGUGCUGCUGCGGCUGCGGCAGGGUCGCGACGUCACCCUGGACGUCAGGGACGUGGCACUGGAGGAGGUGGACUUGUGGGAGGGCGAGGGCCCCACCGCGGAGGCCCAGAAGCGCUGGGAGCGGGACGAGGUCGCGGCCAACAAGAGGAGGAAGAAGAAAGGGAGCGUGGGGUUGAAGUCGGUGAAGAAAAUAUUCGAAGACAAGGAAAGAGCAGCGGAGUUGGAAGAAUUGGAAGCCGUGCAGAAGAAGAAAGCAAAAAUCGUGGAAGUGAAACUAAGCAGCAAGAUGUCGGGAAAAACUCUGGAACUGGAAGAAGCGGAACAUAAAACACUCCCAGAUCCGGAGAAAAUGAGCUGGAAUAAUUUCGUUCCGGACUUUAACCGCACCAACACUAGUCUGUACGUUGCCCACGGGGACUGGCGAGAUCUAGUCAAACCAUUGGUUGAAACAUGGGACUGGGAAGCAGUGGAAAAAGAGACGUCAAAGUCACACUGCGUGCCAACGGUAACAAGACUACCAACUCCUAUGUCCGUGUCUGUUGAUAGUGUGGACUUAAGCUCGUCUUUACCUGGUCUUAUACAACAGCAGCCAACUGUAAUAUCAGGAGAAAUGGCAGGAUUUGAACCUGUGCCAGCUGUAGUUCCUUUUAGUCCAUUAAUGUCUGAGCCCGAUCCUGAAGUUCAGAAAGCUAUUCAAUGCCUAAGUAAAGAGGACCUAGAAAAAACCGCCGGUGUCCGGGAAGUUUUAUCCAAUACCGAGUCACCUCACCAGUUACCUACAAGUGAAGAAAUCCUAGAGCUAAUGGAACAUAUGGAGAAAGGUAAAGAAAUGAAAGUUAGUGGAAAAGUAAAAGGGUGUGUACAUGGUCUAGUUUUAGACAUAGCAGCAGCUCAGAGAUUUUUGCCAGGACAGUCAGUGGAAACUCCUAAUGGGAAGGUGUUUGUUCCUGGUCAAACUUUGCAAACUCCUUCUGCUGCUAUAUUUGUGCCAGGAAUAACUGUAAAUACUCCAGAUGGGCCGGUUCUCAUUCCAGGUCAAAGAGUGAUUGCAGAAGAUGGCAUGGGUAAUAAAACACCUGUGUUCAUAGCAGGACAAACUCUGACUACAAGGGAUGGGGAAAAGUUUGUUGCUGGACAAACAAUCCAAACUCCCGAAGGUCAGAAGUUUGUGGCAGGACAAACUGUUUACACUAAAGAAGGCCCCAAAUUUGUAGCAGGACAAACAGUUCCAGAAGAAGCUGGGUUCAGAUUUGUUCCUGGACAAACAGUAAUGACAGCAGAAGGACCAGAGUUUAUUCCUGGUCAGACAAUUUCUACUCCUGAUGGUAAUAUUGUAUUCAUCCCUGGUCAAAAUAUUAAGAGAGACGAAGGAUGGGAAUUUAUUCCAGGUCAAACUGUUAAAUCCGGCAGUGGGAAUGCUCAGUUUAUUCCAGGACAGACUCUAAUAACAAAUGAAGGUACGAAAUUUAUAGCAGGUCAAAUGAUCAUGGAUGAAAAUAAGCAUGCACAGCAGUUUGUUCCAGGAAUUACAAUCAGUGACGAUAAUUCUGCUCUUAAAUUUAUUCCUGGAAAAGUAAUAGACACUACACAUGGACCUCAGUUUGUGGAAGGUCAAAUUGUUAAAACAGGUUCAGGUAAACUUUUUGUACCCGGAAAAACCUGCAUAGCUGAUGAUAGUUCUACUGUGCUGGAAUUCUCAAAAGCGAAAUGUCUAAGUGAUGUUAUUAUUAAAGAUAUUUCUCUUGAUAUUCCUAUUAUAGAUCCAUCAAGUUUAAAUAUAGUACCUUCUGCACAAAAGAAAAAACACAUUUUUGGACACAUGGUGCAAACCAUUCACGGAGUAGAAUUUUUUCCAGGUGUUACAGAGGGACUGCCAGCUGGGAAAGUAGUUCCCGGGGAACUAAUACACAGUGAUGAUGGAGAAGUUCAUUUUGUUCCUGGUGUGAUUGCAGAAGAAGGAAAAUUCAUCCCAGGUCAGAUAGUAAUGACUGAAAAAGGUGAGCAGUUUGUGCCUGGUCAAGUGGUCGAUACUAGGGAAGGUCCAAAAUUUGUGCCGGGACAAGUAGUUGACACACACUCGGGUCCAAAGUUUGUUCCUGGCCAAACAGUGUACACACCUGAUGGUCCACGGUUCGUGCCUGGUCAGAUUGUGGAGACAAAAGCUGGACCAACUUUCAUUCCCGGUCAGGUUAUUUCAACCGAAGAUGAGGGCUCGCGUUUUGUGCCUGGCCAAGUGGUCGACACAGUUGAAGGACCUCGUUUCGUGCCUGGUCGCGUGGUUGAGACUGCUGACAGAGUGAUUUUCGUCCCCGGUCAAAUUGUAAAUACUGGCGAAGGACUUCACUUCGUGGCUCCAGAUUUGCAAGGCAGUCCUACCGGUGAGUUUGAGUUCUCUGUACAGGGAUUUGAAGUUACACCAGAAGAACUGAAACUUCUACAACCACACACUGUUGUUGCCUCAUGUUUUAGAAAGGGAGGGGAGAUGGCCAUAGACUCCGAAAUGUUGAGACAGCUAUCCGAAGCAGGAAUGUCUGUUGGCAGACAGGUGCCAGCUAACAUACCUGCAGUUGAUGUCAACACCACCGUGACAGAAGCUGCAAUGGAGAUCGCUACCGAGAUUACAGAAAAGUUGGGGCUCAAGGAAAAAUCUGCUAUAAAAAUGGGAGAAGUAGUUGCCAUGGUUGCUCGUGUGGGUUGUGAAAUGCUAGAGCUCAUAAAAUUAAAAAAGUAUCGGAGUUUUGGUUCUAAAAGGGGAAAUGCAAUACAUAUGGAAAACUCUAUGAAAGGUCUCGCUCAAGCUGUAGUUAAUGCUGUCAUUAUAACAGCCAAAGAACUCCGAGUUAGAAGUGAAGAGAAGUUUAUACCGGUGAUCGCCACAGUUCUUGAAGACAUCUUAAAAGACGUCAUAGAUCUUCAGCCCUCAGCAGAGGAUAAGGCAGUAGAAUCACUUGUCGAUUCUCUUCACAGCUUCUUCGUGGCGCCGGGAAACAUGACCGUGAUAUGUAAUAAGUUGAUAUCUGAGAAUGUGAGUAAGGUCGACAUGUUGAAAGAAGCGCUUCGAGAAGAGAGAAGUGAAUCUGCGGUGGAGAAACUGAUGGGCUUGCUUCAGACCGGAGACUCGAAGGACGCGAACGAAAUGGCUGUGGCCUUCAAGGCGAUAUCCAAGAGCGACCCGGAGAUGGCGAGGAGAGUCCUGCACAAGGUGUUGGGGUCGGUGAAGGACGUCCGCAGCGACAAGGGGGUGGUGUCGGCGAUCCGGAGGGCGGUCUCGAGUGCCGUGCAGGAGAGCGGCGAGCGGCGUGUCCUGGAGAUGCUGGACGAGGCGGACCCCAAGGACCUGCUGCUGCAGGCGGCGGGGCUGGCCCGGGUGCUCGGCAUGGUGGAGGUCCUGCAGGACCCGCGCUCCUCGCAGGUCCUGCGCGAGGACCCCCUGCUCCGCCGCCUCGCGGUCAUGAGGCAGCUGGCCGGGGACCGCCCCGAGCUGCUGUUGGCGCUGGAGCGGCUGCAGGGCGACCCGGAGGCCGCCUCGCUGGACCCUCGCCUGGCCCAGCUGGUCCGGCAGAGCGCCGCCCUCGUGUUUGUCCCCGAGGAGGACGAGGACCUGCCCUUGCAGUCCUCCGACGACGUGCCCAGCAUCCUGUUCCACGACGCCCUGGCCAUGGAGGAGUUCGUGCGCUCCCGCAGCCACUUCGGGCCGCUGCUGAUCCUGAAGCGCGGCCUGCAGGCGGUGGUGCCUCGCGAGGCCGCCAGGGCCAUACUCACCGGGCAGAUGGCCUACUCCGUGCUGGACGAGCGGGGCAUGCGGCGCUUCGAGCCGCUGCACGUGCUGUCUGCGCUGCGCCUGCCGCGGCCCGCGUCCCGGUGGUUCCCCACGUACUCCUGCCCCGCGGAGGAGUCCCUGGUGUUCCCCACCACCACCACCACCACCACCACCACCACCACCACCACCACCAGCAGCAGCCUCGAGGACCUCAGCCACGACCCCGGCUCCGCCUGGGGCAGCGACGACGCCACGCUCGGCAGAUCGCCCACCUCGGAGGCGGCGGACGUGUGCGUGGCGACGCAGGACUACGCCGGGGACGACCCCCGCGCCAUGUCCCUGCGACGAGGCGACCUGGUGGAGGUGCUGCAGGCCACCGCCGGCUCCCCCAGGAGGCUGCGGCUGGACCCGGACCUGGACCUGGGCUCGGACAUGGCCGCGCUGCUGGACUCCAGCGCCGCGCGCCACAAGCUGUCCGUGAGGCCUCGCCGCAGACACGCCGACUCCCGCCAGAGGGACUCCGGCGCGCAGGAGGACAGGUGGCUGGUGCGGUCCCUGGAGGACCCCGCGCUGCAGGGCUGGGUGCCCGCCGCCGUCCUGGAGCGCGCCUGUCCGGGCGGGCGGUCCGCGCUCUCCGGCCCGGAGAUGGCCGGCUACAAGCGGGAGGCCGUGGUGCGCGAGCUGGUGGAGACGGAGGAGGAGUUCGGCCGCGACCUUCAGCGGGUGGUCGACUCGUACCUGAGGCCGCUGGACGGCGGCUCCGUGCCGCUCGCCGUGCGCCAGAGCAGGGACGUGGUGUUCGGCAACCUCAAGCAGAUCGCCGAGUUCCACAACACGGUGCUGAUAGAGGGUGUCAAAUACUACGCCAACGAACCGCGCAUGCUGGGGAAGGCGUUUCUAAGACUGGAGCGGGACUUGGACCAGCACGUGGCCUACUGCCGGGACGAGCCGGCGGCGCAGGCGCUGCUGAACGAGGACGAGGCGGUGCGGGACUACUUCGAGGAGCGCAGCCAGCAGCUCGGCGACGACAAGUCCCUGUCCGAGCAUCUGAAGCUGCCCGUGCAGCGCAUCAACGACUACCAGCUGCUGCUCAAGGAGCUGCUGAAGUACUCCUCGGCGCUCGGCGAAGACACAGAGGACCUGCAGAAGGCGCUGGAGUUGAUGCUGGCAGUGCCCCACCGGGCCGACGACAUCAAGUUCACGAGCAGCAUCGAGGGCUACCACGGCAACAUACACAAGCUCGGCCGGCUCCUGCGCCACGAUUGGUUCACGGUGACCGACAAGGAAGGAAGGAGCAAGGAGCGCUACCUUUUCCUCUUCAAGGCCAGGAUCCUCGUCUGCAAGGUCAAGCGCAUCUCUGAAGACAGAUCCGUGUUCUUGCUCAAGGAGAUCAUAAGACUGCCCGAGGUCGCCGUGAGGGACCGCAGGGAAGAGCCGCGGGUGUUCGAGCUGCACCGCGCCGACUGCCAGCUGCAGCUGUGCGCGCACGAGCCCGCCGUCAAGGGCGCCUGGCUCAGGGAGGUCCGCCUGUACGCGGCCGACGUCGUCACCCCCGAAGAGAGCUCGGCUGACGACCUCCAGAUCCGGGCUCUGCCGGAGCCAGCGAGCGAACCCGCCGAGCCCUCGGCACCGGCGCCUGUUGAACAACCCCUGCAAGAGACCUCCCUCCAGUCGGCGGGAGCUCCCUCCGACGUCACUCCGACAGACGGCGUCGCAAAAGUACAAGUCCCGGUGCGCCAGACGGCCGACGAAGGCGACCCAGGGGUCGAGAAGCCUUCGAAACCGGCCCGGAAGAAGUCCAAGGCGAAGCUCGAAGCGAAAGAGCUCGCUGACGUGAGCGCCCAAGAGGAAACCCGAGCAGCCACUUCGGUGAUAGUUGCUGAAAGCCGGACCGAGGUCAAGAGCUCAGAAGAAUUUGGCGGAAGCACGCCGGUUACAAAAGUCGAAGUUGAGACUGCUGCUGCAACCCGAACAGAACCCGAACUCGCCCCUGCAUCUGUGGGAGGAUCCGAACCCACUCUCGCACCCGAGGAAGAUCAACUGGUCACUGCUUCCUUGAAAGAAGAACAAGAUUCAUCUGCUCAAGUGAAAAAAGAGGAGAAAUUUAUUCCCAAAGAGGUUGAAUCUAUCCUGUUUCAAGAAGAAGUUGAGCCGGAUACUUUGGGAAAGAAUCUAAAACAGGAAGUCAAACAAAAUUGUGAUCAAGCAGUAGAAUCUGAAAAGACAUUUGGCAUUGCGAAAAGUCUUAGCUCAAAAUUAUCAGAAAGGUCAUUUGUGUCAGUCGAGGAGAAGGUCGAAGAGGUAAAAGAUACAAAGCCAGUGCCUGCUUCCAAAAAGGCUGAACUGACCACCGUCACAGAAUCAGAAGCACAACCACUUCAUGUACCAAGAGACGAAAAGGAGGAAAUUGUGGUAGUUAGUGACGGAGACAUCAAUACCCAGGUUGCCCCAGCUUCACACCCUGUCGAUAGUCAACAAAACUCUGCAGACAUGUCUCGCCAGUAUUCCAGUGUCGAAAUGAAGAGUACGAGGAUAUCUUCAUCCUCGUCAAGAGUUCAUGAGUACUCGUCCGUGAGCGGCAGUGAGGAGGUCUACAUGGCGUCCUCCUCGAGCGUGUCGGGGUCUAAGAGGGUCUCGUUCUCCUCGUCCGCGGCCGCCUCGGAAGAGUCGCGUCGCGCGGUGGAUGGCGCAGAGGCCCGCGGUGUCUUCAAGAUGAUCCAGUCGUCGUCGCUCGACGGCAGGCCCGUUUUCACUAAGACCAUUGAGGGCUCGCACCUCGAACCGGGGCACAACGCAGUGUUCGAGUGCGAGGUGGAGUCGGACAGCCCCGCCUCCGUCACCUGGCUGAAGGGCAACAAGCCGCUCAACGACCGGCUGGCGGACCGCGUCAUCGCCUCCUCCACGGACAACUCCAGCUUCCGGCUGGAGAUCCAGCACUGCCUGGAGUCGGACAGCGGCACGUACACUGCGCGCGCGGCCAACCCCGCGGGCACCAGCACCUGCACCGCGCAGCUCGUCGUGCAGGAGCUGACGGAGGAGGACAGGAGGCAGCGCGCCGAGGCGAACGCGCCCUUGUUCCUCGUCCGCCUGAAGGACACGGAGCUGCUGGAGAACACCUUCCUGCGCUUCAUGAUCAAAGUGAAGGGCUCGCCCAGCCCCGCCCUGCAGUUCUUCAAGGACGGCCGGCUGAUCGGCCCGGGGGACGAGCGCGUGCAGGUGGUGAGCCAGCGCGGGGACAGCGGCUACUACGAGCUGGUGAUCGCCGAGGUGCGCCCCGAGGACGCGGGCAGGUACUCCUGCGUGGCCAAGAACUCCUACGGCGAGGCCAGCUGCGAGGGCACCGUCACCGUCACCAACGACAAGAACAUAUUCGCCGGGCUGGACAGCUUUGACGACGCGGAGCCCGGGAAGCAGCCGAGCUUCAACUGGUUCAAGGACGGGCAGCCGUACGACCCGCAGGAGAGGUUCAAAGUGCUGUUCAAGGACGAGGAGGACUCGCUGGCCCUGGUGUUCCAGCACGUGAAGCCGGAGGACGCCGGCUUGUACACGUGUGUGGCCUCCACCACCUCGGGCAAGAUAUCCUGCAGCGCGGAGCUCACCGUGCAAGGCUCGGUGAACCAGCUGCUGAAGGAGCCGCAGCCUCCCAAGGUGUCCGGCGAGGCAGAGUCCGUGGAGGUCAGCGUGGGCAGCUCCGCCAUGAUGGAGCUCAAGGUGCAGGGCUUCCCCAAGCCGGAGGUCAAGUGGACAAAGGACGGGAAGGCGGUGGAGGCGGGCGGACGGAUCCGCCUGCUGUACGAGGACGAGGAGACCAUGUCGAUGAUCAUCAAGGGCGUGACGACGGAGGACGCCGGCAAGUACAAGGCCGUCGCCAAGAACGACCUGGGGCAGGACUCGAUGGAGAUGGAGCUGCUCGUCAAAGCGCCGCCCAAAAUCAAGACGAAGGUGUCGGACAGCUCGUGCAUGGAGGGGGAGUGCUACAAGAUCACCGUCGAGGUCGAAGGCUGCCCGGAGCCGGACGUGAAGUGGUACAAGGACGGCCAGCCAAUCAGCGGCUCCGACAGGGUGUCGGUGCGGAAGGAGCGCAGCGGGGUGUACACCCUCUCCGUCGACAAGACGCGGCUGGAGGACUCCGGCUCGUACUCCGUGGUGGCGUCGGGCGACGACACCCAGACCUCGGAGUUCUGGAAGUUCUCCGUGAACGCCCCGCCCCGCUUCGUCAAGGGCCUGGGCAAGAGCCUGGACGUCAAGGAGGACGACACAGUCACCUUGGAGGUCAAGGUCGAGGGAGACCCGCGGCUGGAGGUCAAGUGGGUGAAGGACGGCGAGGACGUCAGGCCAGACGGCAAGCGCGUGACGGCCUCGCAGGACGGCCACACCCACACCCUUGUGGUGAGCGGCGCGACCCGCGCCGACGCCGGCCGCUACGUGUGCGAGGCGUGGAACGACCACGGCUGGGUCAAGGACGAGUGCGAGCUGAACGUGCGCUGCGCCCCGGAGUUCCGGCGCGAGCUGGUGGACAUCACCGUCAGCGAGGGCGACGUGGACGUGGAGCUCGUCGUCACCGUCGAGGCCUACCCCAGGCCCAAGGUCAAGUGGUACCUGGACGACAUGGAGAUCACGGAGAAGCGGACGGAGUACACCCGGAUCGAGGAAGGGGACAACUAUAAGCUGGUGAUCAAGGAGGUGACCACGCAGACGUCGGGCAGGUACAGCGCCAAGGUCGCCAACGACCUCGGCUCCAGCGAGACCGGCUGCACCGUCACCGUCAACUACAAGCCGCGCUUCCCCAAGGGCCUGAAGGACUUAGCGGUGGACGAAGGGGACAGCCUGACUCUCACCAUUCACUGCGCGGCCGUUCCGGAGCCGAAGGUGACAUGGUUCAAGGACGGCCAGGAGGUGAACGCGGGGGCCAACAUCAAGAUCAGCCGCGGCUCGGCGUCGCUGGAGGAGUACAGCCUGUCGCUGACCAUCGUGAAGGAGGUGGACGCCGGGGAGUACGAGGCCCGGGCGGAGAACCAGAUGGGCAGCGCCUCCACCCGGAGCACGGUCAAGGUCAACACUCGAAAGGAGACGACGGAAGAAAAGCUGGAUGAAGUGGAGGAGGAGUUGAUCGUGAAGAAGGAGAGAGAGGAAGAAGAGACAGAGAAGACUGCAAAGAAGCCUCAGAAGGAGAAAAUAGUGGAGAACGGACUUCCGCCAGAAGCCACGGAGAGCGCGGCCGGCGCGGGGGAGGAGGGACCCCAGGGCGGGAAGGGGGUCACCAUGGAGACGCAGAGCAUCACGUACUCCCGCGGCGACGGGGACAGCCUCACCAUCUCCAUCGCCUCCUCCACACACCAGGAGAUGGUGGCCUCUGUGGAGGACACGGGAGUACCAGGCUCCUCACAAGCCGUCCACACCCGCAUCGACACAUCGUCCAGAACCGUGGUGUGCGAGGAGCUGGCCUCGGCUCCCAGCGACAAGGGUAGGUUGCUCGAGCAGGCCGACGGAGAGGCGGAAGGAACGGUGCGAGUGAAGUACGUCAUCACGGACGAGGUGGAUGAAAGGACGCAGCAAGGUCGGGUGGGGGAAAAGCAGUCUGUGGAGAGGCACGGGUCCCAGACUCCUGGGACGGAUGAUUUCUCUAAGUUCCCGCGCGGAGGCGCGACGGUGGAGGAAGUGGAGGGCCCGAGCAGGCCGGAGGCGGAAGACCUCACGCACCGGCUGGGAGUGGCCGUGGUUGAAGAGCCGGACAGCGACCGGGAAGAGCACAUCAUCAAAGUGAGCAUCAGCCGGGGAGUCUCCAUCGUGUCCGUCUCCGAGGACGAACCGUCCCGCGCCAGCCUCUCUCGCGGCGUCAGCAGAGAGGAGAUUCGUAGGGAGAGUGUGAUCGAGCAGAAGGCGGAAGCUUUGAACAUGGCUAAAUCUCAGUCUGGGAUUCUACUCGGCAAAGAAACUAUGUCCAUGGACAAAAUACCUGAUGAAAAGUCUGCGACCGUCACAUCUGAAGAUUCUCCUGCCACGAAACAUGGAGCUCUUCUAGAUAAAGAAGCCAUCUCCACGAAUGAGCUACUCGAUGAAAAGGCUUCGACAGUGACCAUUGAUGUGCCUCCAACUACGAAAGAGGGAAUGCUUAUUGACAAACAAACCAUCUCCACAAAUGAGCUGCCCGAUGAAAAGACUUUGGCAGCAACAGUUGAAGAAUCUCCUGCCACGAAUAAGGGGGUGCUACUCGACAAAGAAACCGCCUCCUCGAACGAGCUGCCCGAUGGGAAGUCUCUGGCAGCCACAGCUGAAGUGUCUCCUCCCUCGGGACAGGAAGCGAGACGACUAGAGACGGGGGCCCAGGAGGAAGAGACCUCUCCUUCGCUGAGGAAGAAGUCCUCCACUUCCCUGGAUGCCGCGGCGCCCCAGAAAGGUGAUAGCGCAGUAGAUGAUGACUCUGUUCUCGACCCGGAGGUCGCGGCCCUGCUGAAAAGAGUUCGCAAACAGCGAAGCAUGCUGGAGGAAAUCCUGGGCAAGGAAGGCGAGCGGAGCCAGGAAGCGUUCCCGGAGAUCACCGGCUCGGACCUGGUCGACCGGGAGGUGUUCGAGUCCCUGCCGACGGCGUUCGAGGUGAAGGCCACGGGGAUACCGCGCCCGGAGGCCAAGUGGUACAAGGACGGCGAGGAGCUGAAACCGUCGGACAGGGUGAAGCUGAGCGACAGCGGCGACAGCUACCGGCUGGAGCUGGCGGACGCGAGGACGGCCGACCAAGGAGUGUACAAGUGCGUGGUCGCGAACAAGCUGGGCGAGAAGUCGCAGCAGGCCAAGCUGUCCCUCAAACCGGAGAGCGAUUACCGCAAGCCGGUGGUGAAGGUGCCCUUGAAGGACAUGUCGGUGCCGAAGAACGAGGAGGUGGUGAUGACCUGCGUGUUCACGGCCGACCCUGCCCCCAAGGUCAAGUGGUUCCAAGGAGACCGGCAGCUGUCGUCGGACGACCGCACCGUCCUCACGGAGGAGAUAAAGCCGGCCGACAACGGGCUGAAGGAGUGCUCCUACACCCUGAGGAUUCCCGCCGGCGAGCACAGCUGCACCGGCCAGUACAAGGUCAUGGCCGAGAACAAGUACGGCUACGGGGAGAGCAGUGCUCGCCUUGACAUCCUGCUGGUCCCGGAGAUCGACGGCCUGAAGGACGCCACCAGGAUUCCUUAUGAGGACAUCGAGUUCGUUGUGGUCAUCCGGGCCAACCCCAAACCUCAGGUCGUCUGGAGCAAGGACGGGAAGGAGCUGUCGAGCAGCGACCACGCCGCCGUCUCGGCGGACGUCGACCAGGAGGUGUACAAGCUGGUGAUCAGCGGCAUAGGCCUGGCCGACCACGGGACCUACACGGUGACGGCCACCAACAGCCGCGGGGAGAGCAGCCAGCACGCCAAGCUCACCGUGCACACCGAGGUGCCGACCUUCGCGAAGAACCUCGAGGACCAGAUUGUGAAGGAUUAUGCCGAUGCUGAGUUCAAGGUCAGAGCGAAUGGCGUUCCCAAGCCUCAGAUCAAAUGGUUCAAGGACGGCAAAGAGCUGACCUCCGGGGGCCGCCUGACCAUCGAGACAGACUCCGAGGUGCUGGUUUCCAGCUCCCUGAGCAUCGCGCACUUCGAGGAGUCUGACGAAGGCAAGUACUCUGUGACGGCUUCGAACCUGGUGGGCCAGGCGCAGACGGAGGCCCGCCUCACCCUCGCCCAGAUUCCCCCGUCCUUCGGCCGGCCCCUGGACCGCGCCGUCGACGUAGACGAGGGAGACACCCUAGACCUGAAGACCAAGCUGGACGGCAGCCCCAUCCCCAAGGCCAAGUGGUACAAGGACGGGGAGGAGCUCGCCGGGGACGGCCGCGUCAAGCUGACGGCGCUCCCGGACGGCACAGUGCGGCUCCUGAUCGACGAGGUGACGCCCGCGGACUGCGGCGCCUACCGCCUCGUCGCCGCCAACAAGAACGGCCAGGCACAGGCCAUCUGCGCGGUCGCCGUCAAGCCCAAGACCCGCAAGCCCAGCUUCUCCAAGUCCCUGGAGGACGCGAAGGUGGUGGUGGGCGAGCCGCUGAAACUGGAGGCCCAGGUGAUGGCGUUCCCCGCGCCCGAGGUCAAGUGGUUCAAGGACGGCCACCCGGUGCGGCCGUCGCCGGCGGUGAGCUUCGUGAACCAGCCCGGCGGCCUGGUGGGCCUGCACAUAGACGCGGCGCGGCCCGAGGACGCGGGCACCUACACCCUCUCCGUGGCCAACAAGCUGGGCGAGGCGACGGGGGUGGCGCACGUGGGCGUGGACGCCCGCGAGAAGAAGCCCCUGUUCCACUGCCAGCUCCAGCCCGUGGCCGUCGUCGAGGGCUUCCCCGCCAAGCUGGAGGUCAAGGCCGUGGGCCACCCGCCCCCCACCAUCACGUGGACCCGCGACGGGAAGGAGGUGGUCCCGGACGGACGGCACAUCAAGGAGGUCCGCCUGCCCGACGGCACCGCCUGUCUCAUCAUCGACAAGGCCACACCAGAGGACGCGGGCAACUACGAGGUCACGGCCUCCAACGACAAGGGCGCCGUGUCGUCCAAGGGCGUCUUGUCCGUCACAGGGAAGGAGCGCGACGCCCCAGAGGAGAAGCCCAGCUUCCUGCAUGACCUGCGGGACGCGUCGGCCGACGAGGGCUCCCCGCUGGUGCUGGGGGCGGCGUUCGCGGGCAACCCCAUCCCCGACGUGGCCUGGAGCAAGGACGGCGUGCCGCUCGCGCCGUCCGACCGGGUCCUGCUCACCUGCGACAGCAAGAAGGUCGGCCUGGAAGUGAAGCCGGCUCAGCUGAGCGAUGCCGGCACCUACAGCUGCCAGCUGAAGAACCCCCUGGGUAGCGCCGAGUCCUCUGCCAAGGCCUCCGUGCGGAAGGUGUACCAACCUCCCAGCUUCACCCAGAAGUUCACCGACGUCCAGCAGCGACCAACGUUCGAUGCGAAGUUCCCGGCGCGGGUGACGGGCGUGCCCCAGCCCAGCAUCGAGUGGUUCUUCGACGACCGCCCCGUCCGGGAGUCGGACAAGCACCACCUGAGGAGGGACGGCGACGCGUGCUGCCUGUACGUGAGGGACUGCCAGCCGGCCGACGCCGGCCGCUACCGGUGCCGCGCGUCCAACCUGGAGGGCGAGGCCAGUUGCGAGGCCGCGCUGGACGUCGUCGACAAGAUAGGGAAGGUGGAGAGGGCGGAGCCGCCGGAGUUCCUGAAGCGCAUCGGCGACUGCGAGGUGUACAAGGGCAUGACGGGCAAGUUCACGGCGUGCGCCACGGGCUACCCGGAGCCGGAGUUCGAGUGGUACCGCGACGGGCAGCGCCUGUUCCCCAGCGACCGCAUCCGCGCAGAGAAGGAAGGGUCGGGCCUGCUGCGGCUGACCAUCGCCAACGUGGACCCCGCGGACGUGGGUCGCUACCGCCUGCGCGUCUUCAACCCGCACGGCGAGGCCAGCUGCGAGGCUGCGCUCAGCUACGACUCCCUGGACAGCCGCCCCAAGCGGCCUAUCGGGGAUCAGUACGUGGACUUUGACAAGCACCGCAAGUCGGGGGCGCCCCUGCCGCUGGCCGACCGCCCCAUCAUCAGCCGCAUGACGGACCGCCGCCUCACGCUGUCCUGGAAGCCGUCCAUCCCCGCAGGGCCGCGGGCGCCCGUCACCUACCGCGUCGAGAUGCUGGAGCAGCCGGACGGCGACUGGUUCACAGUCAGGACGGGUGUCCGAAGCUGUGCGUGUGACAUUGCCAACUUGCAGCCGUUCAAAGACUACAAGUUCAGGAUUCGUGUGGAGAACAAAUACGGCAUCAGUGACCCUUCACCCUUCGCUGUGACCUACAGGGAGAAACUGGAGCCGGACCCGCCCAAGUUCUUCCCCUACCUGCAGCCGGGCAUAGACUUCCGGCCCGAGACGUCGCCCUACUUCCCCAAGGACUUCGACAUCGAGAGGCCCCCGCACGAUGGAUACGCCCAGGCCCCCAGGUUCCUGCGACAGGAGCACGACACGCAGUACGGCGUGAAGAACCACAACUGCAACCUGUUCUGGUUCGUGUACGGCUACCCCAAGCCGAAGAUGACCUACUACUUCGAGGACCAGCUGAUCGAGCCGGGCGGCCGCUACGACUUCAGCUACACUCGCAACGGGCAAGCCACGCUCUUCAUCAACAAGAUGCUGGAGCGCGACGUGGGCUGGUACGAGGCCGUGGCGACCAACGAGCACGGAGAGGCGCGGCAGCGCGUGCGGCUCGAGAUAGCCGAGUACCCGCAGUUCCUGAGCCGGCCCGAGGAGACGGUGGUGAUGCUGCGACGGUCGGGCAAGCUGGAGGCCAGGAUCGUCGGCGUGCCCUACCCGGAGAUCAAGUGGUUCAAGGACUGGCAGCCCCUCGCCGCCUCCUCCAGGAUAAAGAUCCUGUUCCGGCCGCCGGACACCAGCGUGCUGCAGAUCAACGACGCCAUCGCCAAGGACGAGGGGCUGUACUCGGUGAGCGCGCGCAACGUGGCGGGCUCCGUGUCCACCUCGGCCAUGCUGCACGUGGAGGAGAGCGAGCAGGAGUACGGCAUCCGCACCUACGGCCGCGGCCGCGACGUCCGGCCCCGCAGGAAGCCCCUGGAGGACUUCUACGACCUGGGCGACGAGCUGGGGCGCGGCACGCAGGGCAUCACCUACCACGCCGUCGAGAGGCUCACAGGCCGCAACUACGCGGCGAAGGUGAUGCACGGGACGAGCGCCCUCCGGCCGUUCAUGAGCAACGAGCUGGAGAUCAUGAACGCGCUGAACCACCGCAAGCUGAUCAGGCUGCAGGACGCCUACGACACGGACCGCUCGCUCGUGCUCGUCACUGAACUGGCCGCGGGAGGGGAGCUCAUGGACAGCCUGACGAAGCAGCCCUACGUGACGGAGUCGGAGGUCGCCGGCUACAUCCGCCAGCUGCUGUGGGGGCUGGAGCACAUGCACAACCAGAACAUCGCACACCUCGGCCUCACGAUUGGAGAUUUGCUCAUCUCCCAUCCAGGAGGGGAUGAUUUGAAAGUGUGCGAUUUUGGUCUCAGCAGGAGAUUGGCAUACGGAAAACUAGCGUCUCUCGACUACGGCAUGCCGGAGUACGUGGCGCCCGAGGUGGCCGGCGGGGACGGCGUGGGCACGCCGGCGGACAUGUGGUCCGUGGGCAUCAUAACCCACAUCCUGCUGUCGGGGCGGUCGCCGUUCAAGGGCGCAGACGACCGCGAGACGCUGACGCGUGUCAGGGACGGCUCGUGGCGGCGCGACGACGAGGAGUGGUGGUCGCGCGUCUCCGCCGAGGCCCGGGACUUCAUCAGCAAGCUGCUGGUGCGCGAGGCGGACGGCCGGCUGGACGUGCAGGCGGCGCUGCGACACCCCUGGCUCUCCGGCGCAGACAAGAUGCCGGCCGACCAGUACCGCAUCGGCUCGGACCAGCUCAGGAACUACUACAACAGCUUCCGGGACUGGUACAGCAACGCUUCGUGCCGCACGUUCUACCGGCGCCGGCCGCUCAGCGGGGCCUUCACCCACCCGUCGCGCAUGGUGUACCCCCCGGGAGGGGCCUACACCCCUGAGGCCAGCCCCGAGCCGCCUGGCAAGGAGCCCCGCCCACCGCGCACCUGGGAGGACAGCGUCCCGUCGCGCGAGCCCCUCAACUACGAGGUCGGCAGCUUCACCAACGAGAGCCACUACCAGUACGGCCCGGACACCUACCUGCUGCAGCUGAGGGACACGGACUUCCCCGUGAGGCUGCGCGAGUACAUGAAGGUGGCGGCCAACCGCGGCCCGGGCUUCUCCCUCACGCUCAACGACACGCACCUGGACUGGAGGACGCCGGUGAUCCGGGAGCGACGGCGCUUCACGGACGUGAUGGACGAGGAGAUAGACGACGAGCGCAAGGAGCGCAUCAACCAGUACGGCUCGGCCGAGGUGUACUCGCUGAGGCGGCUGCGACGCGAGCUGGGCACUCGGCCCGACGGCCACGCCGAGGCAGAGGCCAUGAUCGAGUACAAGCGCGAGGGGCAGGCCCCGUUCUUCAGGGAGAAGCCGCAGAUGCUGCCCAUCCUGGAGGACCAGCCGGCCGAGCUGGUGUGCUACGCCGUCGGCGACCCCAAGCCGGUCGUGCAGUGGUUCAGGAACGACGCAGUUAUAACGGAGAGCCACCGGGUGAAGAUACUGGACGAGGAAAGUGGUCGCUCCAUUCUGCGGUUCGAGCCGGCGCUGGCCAUCGACGCCGGCAUCUACAAGGUCGUGGCGAGGAACCACGUCGGCCAGACACACACGAGGGCCAGGGUUGUGCUGGCGAGCACGCCCGCCUCCCCGGACUCCCCGGAGCCGGCCGAGGUGUCGGACACGGAAGUGCUGCUGCGCUGGAAGCAGCCGCGUGACGACGGCCACUCUGCCGUGCUGUGCUACGGCCUGCAGUGCAAGGAGGCCGACAAAGUGGACUGGAUGGACGUGGCCAACAACAUCGACCACGAGUUCUUCGUGGUGCACGACCUGCAGCCCGCCACUGACUACCAGUUCCGGCUGUCGGCCCGCAACCGCAUCGGCUGGAGCGAGCAGGGCAUCCCCACGCAGCCGGUGAAGACCAAGGAAGCCGGGGCGACCAAGGUGCAGGUGACCCGAGCCAUGAAGCACCUCCAGCAGCUGACCGAGACUGGUCGAGAAGUGACCGUGGACGAGCCGCAGGCCCGGCUCGACUACUCCGUCGAGACUUCGCCCAUCGAGUGGAGCUCCGAAGGCCAGCUCACCGAGAAGUACAGCUUCGUGUCCGAACUUUCGCGGGGCCGCUUCUCGGCGGUGGUGAAGGGCAUCGAGCGGGCCACGGACAAGGUGGUGGUGGCCAAGGUGCUGGAGCUGGGUCCCGGCACGGAGGCGCGGGUGGCGCGGGAGUUUGAGGCCCUGCGCUCGCUGCGCCACGAGCGGCUGGCGGCGCUGGAGGCGGCCUUCAAGCCGCCCGGCGCGGGCGUCGCCGUGCUGGUGCAGGAGAAGCUGCAAGGCGCGGACGUGCUCACGUACCUGUCCAGCCGGCACGAGUACUCCGAGGACGUGGUCGCCACCGUCGUCACCCAGGUGCUGGACGGGCUGCAGUACCUGCACUGGCGCGGGCUGUGCCACCUCGACCUCCAGCCAGACAACGUGGUGAUGGCGUCCGUGCGCAGCGUGCAGGUGAAGCUGGUCGACCUGGGCUCCGCGCAGAAGGUCAGCAAGCUGGGCACCGUCGUCGAGCGCUCGUCCGACGUCAUCGACCACGUGGCCCCGGAGGUGCUGAACGACGAGCCCGCCUACCCGCAGACGGACAUCUGGGGCCUGGGCGUGCUGACGUACAUGCUGCUGUCCGGGGUGUCGCCCUUCCGGGGCGCCGGCGACGAGGAGACGCGCCAGAACAUCUCCUUCGUGCGCUACCGCUUCGAGCACCUGUACAAGGAGCUGACGCAGGAGGCCACCCGCUUCCUCAUGCUGGUGUUCAAGCGGUCGCCCAGCAAGCGACCGACGGCCGAGGAAGCACAGGAGCACCGCUGGCUGCUGCCCACGGAGUUCAUGAUCAAGAAGAGGGAGCGUGCCGUCUUCCUGGGCAACCGCCUCAAGGAGCUGAGCGAGGACUACCACUCGAGGAAGGCGCAGGGCGCCACGCAGUCGGAGGCGCUGGUGAGCCAGUUCGGCGCGGGCGGGGCGAGCGGCAAAGCCAGCCUCGUGCGGUCCAGCAGCAUCCAGGAGGAGCUGUACACCACCUUCUGAGGCGCUCACCCCGCACGCCUGACCACAUGUCUUCCACGCCGUUCACUCUCCCGACGUUGAAACUCUGCCCAACUCGCCCAUCCGCUGGAAGGUGGCGAGGCUGAUACAUCGUCCAGCGUGCUGCUCGGACCUCAAAUACUGUUUUGAUCACCAAACGUUUAUUACAACAAAAAAAAUACAAAAUUCAUGAAAACACAUAUAUUUUUAUAAUUUUUUUUUGUUCAUUAUUUUGUGAUGUUUACUAGAAAAUAACAUAGCUUGUUAGGCAGAGUUUUAAUGUUCCGCAGACUUUCUUUUAAAUGAUGGUAGAACACCGUCAAAAUUUCUGCGGUAAGAAACAGUUUUGAAAUUUAAGUGGGCUGAUAUUAAAUUUGAAUAGUGUUUUGGAACAGUACUGCUACCUUGCUACGAUCUCGUGUGUAUUCAGUUUCACAGGAGCCAUAUUUGAUUGACACUUAAAGUGAAUUUAUAAACGCGACUAGUUUUCCUGUUGUCAUCCCAACAGUAGGCUCUGGCUGGUUCCGCUUGACGGACGCGAAGUUUUGAUGCCAUCUUGUCAGUGCAACAAGGAGAAAAAUUGAUCGUAACUGAGGCUUCAGGUCUACGGCAUUUGAUUUCCUAAUGCAUAAACAACCUGAAUACUCGUUAAUACAUGUCAACUGUAUAAUGCUGUCAUGAAUAUACUUGGUUACAUUAUAAAAGUAAAAUGAUAGCAAAGUGAAACAAUGUCUGAAAACAUAACUAUUUUUUUUGCUGUUUUAUUUACAUAAUAGACAAAUUUCAAGCUACAUAUCAAGAGACAGCAGGAAAUUAUAUAAGAUUAUAUUAUUUCUUUUUUUUUGUUGAAAAAAAAAAAUAUUUGAAACAAAUUAUCUAUCAAAAAAAAUUGUUAUAUUUUGUUUCGGAAAUCUGUUUUGUGAAAAUCAUGUUUUAGAGUGAUGUUAUUUAAAUAAAUGUUUCAUGAAAAA